AUGAACCAGCGGAGCAAAGCCCAACUCAUAGUCGGUAUCGACUUUGGUACGACGUUUUCCGGUGUCGCCUUUGCCUUUGCGACAAACACCGAAGCAAAAGAAGACAUCAUUGUCGAAUGGCCCGGUGCUGGUACUCAGACAAAGCAAAAGAUCCCGACAGUGCUCUACUACGACCAACAUCAACAAGUGGUGGGAUGGGGUGCUGACAUUGCUGACGCGCUCGCGCCCACCGGCUACCCCAAGCCUGGUGUGCAAAAGGUCGAGUGGUUCAAGCUUCAACUGAUGAUGAGCGGAAACACAUACAUCGAUCCCAUCAACCUGCCUCCACUUCCCCCAGGCAAGAGCGAAGUCGAUGUCGCCGCCGACUACCUGUUCAAGCUGCGCCAGGCUAUGCGCAGCUAUCUUCUGAAGACUCUGGGUGAGGUCUUUACCCGCGAAGAGCGCAACAUCCGCUACUUCCUGACCGUCCCUGCCAUCUGGAACGACGCCGGUAAGGCUGCCACCCGUGCUGCCGCCAUCCAAGCUGGUUUCCUCCGCGAUGAGAACGACAACCGCCUCACCCUCGUCACCGAACCCGAAGCCGCCGCCAUGUUCUGCUCCAAGACCGGUCUCCUCAACCUAAAGAUCCACGACGCCGUCUUGAUCGUAGACUGCGGAGGAGGUACCGUAGAUCUUAUUGCAUACGAAGUAGAAGAAGAGCAUCCCUUUACCGUGGCCGAGUGUACUGCUGGUUCUGGUGAUUCUUGUGGUUCAACAGCUUUGAAUCGCAACUUUUCCAACAUCUUGAGGGCAAAGAUUCGUAAGAUGAAGCUUCCCGAUGGUUCAAAGACAGCCGGCCGUGUCUAUGCAAAGUGUAUCAUGGACUUUGAGAACAGAAUCAAGGCCGACUUCCGCAACAAUGGGCAGAAGUGGGCUGUCGAUGUCGGUAUCGAGGCCGAAUUCCCCGAAGCUGGUAUCGAGGAAGGCUACAUGACCUUCACCAAUGAAGAGAUCCUGCAAUGCUUCGAGCCAGUUGUUAAUCGCAUUCUGGAGCUCGUCAGAAACCAGAUCAUCGCCAUUCAAGCUCAGAAUCGUGCAUUACAGAAUGUUCUUGUCGUCGGUGGAUUCGGUUCAUCCGAAUAUCUCUUCCAACAGAUCAAGCUCCAUGUUCCUCCACAAUUCCAGACAAAGGUCGUUCGUCCCAUGGACUCGGUCGCCGCUAUCGUCAAGGGUGCCGUCACUGCUGGUAUCACCGAGCGCGUCGUCACAUCCCGUGUCGCUCGUAGACAUUACCUCAUGGCCACCCUCCAGCCCUUCAAGGAAGGUCACCACCCCGAGCAAUACCGGGUACCCAGCUUGGACGGCAAGGAUCGUUGCAAGUAUACGAGACAAAUUUUCGUGCAGAAGGGCCAGCGCGUCAAGACUGGCGAGCCGGUCAAGGUUUCAUUCUUCCGUCAAGUCGCACCUGGCGCUACCCUCAUGUACGAGGAUGUCUUGUACGCCUGCGAUGAGGACGUCUGCCCAGAAUAUACAAAGGAUCCUCGCAUCAAAGAAGUCGUGACCCUCACCUCUGAUCUUAGCCGCAAGAACCUUGAAAAGGACUUUGAACGCAUGGACACACCACAAGGCACAUUCUACCGCGUCUACUUUGACAUUUACCUCACCCUCGACGGAACAGAAUUCAAUGCCGAGUUGGUAUGUCAAGGCGAGGUCAUGGGACGUUGUUCGGCCAGGUUCAGAUGA